ACAUUGCGAAAGAAAGGCUUUAAUGGUUGCAACAGUCCUGAGCCUGAUGGCGAUGACUCCAUCGACCAAAGUCCGCUAAAUGACCGCAAGACAGAGGACCUGGACAGCCUCUUCAAACGCAUCGGCUCUACAGUCCCGCAGCCAACCUUCUCCAUGCCAGUCACAGUUCCCGUAUCCAAUCAGAACGCAGCGGCCCUCCAGUUCAGCAACAAUCCUGCCGGCGCCCUGGUCACCACCACCUCCUUUGUCACCUCCACCCUCACAGAUCCCCGCCUCCUAUCACCACAGCAACCAGCUCUGCAGAGGAACACCGUGUCACCGGGGUUACCACAGCGACCAGCCAGCGCAGGUGCUCUGCUUGGAGGAGAUUUGGGGAACUCAAAUGGAGCAUGCCCGAGUCCAGUCCCUAAUGGCUACAUCAGUGCCAGGGCCUCUCCAGGCCUCUUGUCCGUAUCCAAUAGCAACAGCCUCGGGAAAGUAGUCCCGGCUAAGUCUCCACCUCCACCCAGCCCUCAGAUGGUCAACAGCCGCAAACCGGACCUGAGGGUCAUCACUUCACAGAGUGGCAAGAACCUCAUGCAGCUGACAGAGGAAGAGCUGGAGUUGGUGAGUGAGAAUGCUCAGCGACUAGGAGUCUCACAGGUGACACAGCCACUCACUACCCCUGUUGUUUCUGUGGCAACACCCAGUCUCCUUGCACCUUUCCCCGGCAUGCAGACAGCCUACAACACGGACUACCAGCUGACGAGCGCCGACCUCACAGCGCUUCAGACGUUCACACCACCAGGGCUGGUGCCUGGCAACAUGGCUGCCUGGCAACAGCAGCCGGCGGUCUCCCAGCAACAACAACAACAGCAGCAGCAACAGCAGUUGACAUUGGCAUCACUCAAUAACUUGGUCAUGUGGGGUGCAGACAAACAGAAUGCGGAGAUGGUUAACUGCAUCUCCAAUUUUGCUGCUAACCUGAGGUCUGUGGGCCCAGUUCCUCAGAGCGCCCUGACGGUCAACACAAACCCCAACAUCAACAUCAAGUCCGAGCCCGUAUCGCCAAACCGUGAUCGCAGCACUCCCAUUUCCAUCGGUGGCGCAGGAUUGUGCGCGGGGGGUCAGAUCCAGGGACAAGGUUUGGUUUCGGUCGCCUACCCCGGUACCCUGCGGGUGGAAGCAGGAGGCCAAGGCCGCUCGCCCGUCGACAGCCUCAGCAGCAACGGCAGCUCGUUCGAAGGCAGCGACCGGGACGACAUCCAGGGACAGGGUGGGGGUACGAACUUCCACGGCCAGGUGGGCGGAGCGCAGCAGCCCACGAUGCUUCUCCUCCGGCCCUCUUCGGCUGACCCUCAAGAGCAGGAUGGGACAAAUGUCAAAAGAAUGAGAUUGGAUGCCUGGGUCACAUAAAGAGCUGGACGGACACAUGGAAGAUGAUGUGUAUUUGUGGCUUGUGUACCUGCUUCAGUCCCCCCCAUCCUCCCACCCUCUUAAAUAAAAUCACAGAAUAAGACCAUCAUUGACCCAGUAACUGCACAGAAACUCAUUCGUUCACAACACAGGCAUGAAAACACACUCACGUUGCACAGUGGACAUUGAUGCCGAGUCGAUGGCAGUGCGCGUUCACUUUUGUACUUCGAUGUCCUCGAACUUGUAAACAUGCCCCCCCCCCCC